UUUAAUCCUACUUAACAAAAAACUUUUCUUCCCUCGCCAAUUAAGGUUAAUUCUUGCGAGUAUUUAUGGUAUUUUCAUAUAUGAAUUAUUUAAUAUUAAAAACCAAAAAAAAAAAAAAAUCCAGACGCCAAAGUCUAGUACAUUCCAUUAUCCGGCCGGUGAAGAGCGGCACCGCCACUUUUGUGGGGGGAAAAAUAUAAAAUCCCCACGCUCAAAACGCUGGUUUCAAACUCGCUGGUUUAGGCCAAAAAAAAAUGAUGGCCUCAACUCUCUCAACUCACUUUGACUUUAAGCUGCCCAAUCCCCAGCAGAUGUUUACACCCACCAGCAGCCUGGUCGCUAUCACGGUUAUUCCCACAAAACCCAGUAGAAAAAACCCUUCCUUUUCAGCAAAGUUUCACCAUUUGCAUCAUUACCGUCAUCUUUGGAACAGUUUCUUCAAAACCAAGUCGUGUUCCCUCCGUACGGUCCUUAGGAAAGUUAGUGGUGAUGAUGGUGCCAUUGAUGCCAACUCUCAGGAGCCUGCUGCUGUUUCUGAUGGUGAAGGGAUAAACAGUAGCUCGUCUUCUUUAGGUGACAACUCUGUGGCCUUAUUUGUACGGAUGCUUGGGCUAGACCAUGAUGCUCUUGACCGGGAACAGGCAAUAGUGGCACUAUGGGAAUAUUCAUUAUGGGGAAAGGAGUGCAUUGAUGCCAUUAUGCGGUUUCAGGGUUGCAUAAACUUAACUGUAAACCUUCUUAAUUCCAAGUCUAGUGCUAUAUGUGAAGCAGCUGCUGGUCUUUUACGGUCGAUAUCUUCAAUCAAUUUAUACAGAGAUUUAGUAGCAGAAGGUGGAGCUAUAGAAGCAAUAACUGGUUUGCUGAGUCGACCUUCUUUGACUUCUGAGGUUAAGGAGCAAAGUUUAUGUACUUUAUGGAACUUGUCUGUGGAUGAGAAACUGAGAGUGAAAAUUGCAAACUUAGACAUCUUACUGUUGCUUAUCAAUUCCUUGGAUGAUGAUGUAAUUAAAGUGAAGGUAGCAGCUGGUGGGGUUUUGGCAAAUUUGGCCUUGAGCCAUUGUAAUCACAACAUAAUGGUUGAAGUUGGUGUCAUUCCAAAGUUGGCAAAGCUCCUAAUAACUGAUGUGGAAGGAUCUAAAGUUAUUCGGAAGGAAGCUAGAAAUGCAUUGUUGGAACUUGCUAAGGAUCAUUAUUAUAGAAUUCUUAUCAUAGAGGAAGGUCUGGUUCCUGUGCCUCUGGUUGGUGCUGCUGCCUACAAGUCUUUCAGGCCAGAAUUACAUUCAUGGUCUACUAUGCCAGAUGGUCCAGAGAUUGAGCGGACUUCAAAAGGUCCUUCCACGUUUGGUGCCUCUGAAUCACUUCUUGGGUUAAAUGUUGACAAGAAUAUGGACAUAGAGGAAGCUAAGAUGAAUGCAAUACUUGGACAGGCACGGCAACAAUUUCUUGCUCGUAUGGGUGUUAUAGAAUUGGAUGAUGAAAGAAAAUCUCAGACGGAAUCCCCCACUGAUCAGCGAUUUACUCUUCUCCCAUGGAUGGAUGGUGUGGCUCGAUUAGUUUUGAUUCUUGGGCUUGAAGAUGAGGUUGCCAUUUCAAGGGCUGCUGAGUCAGUUGCUGAUUCAUCUAUCAAUGAACAUAUGCGGGCCUCAUUCAAGGAAGCUGGUGCCAUCCAGCAUUUAAUUCGGCAUUUAAACCACAACAGUGCUGCUGUCCGAUCUGCUGUGACCAAUGCUUUGGAGAGGUUGUCUGUCAGCCAUGUUGUUUGUCAGGUACUUGAAGCUAAAGGUAUUUUACACCCUUUAGUUUGUAAUCUGAAGCACCCAGAGAUCUCUGAGAGCUUGAUGGAGAAGAACUUGGAUAUACUUGCUAGGAUUUUAGACCCUGGUAAAGAAAUGAAGUCAAAGUUCUUUGACGGACCGGUCAAUGGUUUAAGAAAAGGUCUAGAUGCUGCAAGGAGCCUUAAUGUUUCUGUUGGAUUGACUGGAGAUAGGGCCAUGUCAAUAAUGGAAUCCAGGAAAGAAUUGCUGGACUCAGCUGUGAUUACUCGCCUUGUUGAGAUUCUGAAGACAUCACCAUCAAACCUGCAAAGAAAAGCAGCUUCUAUCUUGGAAUUCAUGACAAUUAUUGAACCAAGCAUGGAAAUGAUAAUGACAGUAGACAUAUUAUCUGGUCUGGAUGCUGUUUUUCAACAAAAGGCUCUAAAAGAGAUGGAAGCUGAUUUAGAAGGUCAGGAACCUGACAAAUAUGCUCUUGAACUUGAAGAAGCUGGCCUAGCGGUCUCUGCAGCAUCAAGGCUACUAACAAAACUUCUUGAUUCUCGGCAGUUUUGCCAAAAAAUAGAUUCUACCCAUUUCACUAAAUUACUCCGAAAAAUUCUUAAGUCAGAUAUCCCACUUCACAACAAAGAUUGGGUUGCUGCUUGCCUUGUUAAACUGAGCUCUUUAUCUGGUCCUAAUGUAGAUUUUGAGAAUCCAAUCAACAUGGAGGUAACUCUUUAUGAGACAAUCCCAAGACUUAUAGAGCAGAUAAAUUUGUCUCUUUCUCCAGAAGCACAGGAAGAUGCUGUUGUCGAACUUAGCAGAAUAAUUUCAGAAGGGGUGGUGGAUUCCACUCUAGCUGUCGCAUCUGAGGGGGGUAUGUAUCCACUGGUGAACCUCAUUAAAGAGGGCAGUGAGAGGGCGGUCGAAGCAGCCUUAUCGAUAUUGUAUAAUCUGAGCAUGAACGAUGAGAACCAUUCAGCAAUUAUAGCUGCUGGGGCAGUCCCAGCAUUGAGGAGGAUUGUUUUAUUGCAAAGAUCACAUUGGACAAUAGCACUUCGCCUGCUGAGGAAUCUGCCCGUCUGAUGGCAAAACGAAUACUAGUUUUUCAGGGCUGUUAUACCGAUCUUGUAAAUUAUUUUUGUUCUAUUCUGGAGCCGGUGUUAUGAACCUACAACGACACUGGUAUAAUUUCAUAGGAAGUCCUUACUGUUUUUGUGACAGGUUUUAUGCUCAAUUUCUUGCCAUUUAUCGUAGUCCGUCUCGACUUAAAAACUCUUUCAGAUCUAUUCAAAGCCCUUGCUGGUAAAAAGAUUGUCCUUAAGAAAUCAACUGAUUACAGCUUUACCAAAGAGCAUUUUUAAGCUAUAUAUGACACCAAAACAGUCAUUAUCAGUUGUGAAGAAUUUACAUUAUGUUGACAACAUUUAGCAGUGACAAUCCUAUUGAAACAGGGUUUUUAGUGUAGCUUCAACGCCUCAAAAGAUUCCAAGAGACCAAAUUUUCUGUUGCUAAGCAUCUUUUCAUUGCUAUCACAAAAUUUAUUGCAUUAGAUCCUUUGUUUAAUAACCUUCAAAUUUAUAUUGCCGGUGAAAGCUAUGCAGGAAAAUAUGUCCCUGCAAUUGGGCACUAUAUUUUGAAGCAAAAUACUCUAUUUGUUACUAGUGCUUUUAUCGCAGCUGUUGCUUUGUAACAAAUGUUCUCAACCCAAAUUUGAUACAUGUUUGCUUUUUCAAGGUACUGAAACUGAAAUUCCAUGUGAGACAAAUUCCAGAAACCCAAGUGUAGGGGAGUGCAAAAUUUGAGAGACUAAUACCGUAUACUCUCUAUUAAGCAAGCAAAAGAGAAAUAAAAAGACAGAUUUUGUUGCAUUUCAUUUCCCCACCACUUUCCUGUAUUACUCUUUCUUUGAGUGGAAGUCGUGCCCUGGAUGAUUGGUUGGGCGUAAAAGUAACUUUAUGGCGUCCAAAAGCUAAACUUGCAUCAAAGCCAAUUGAUUUCCCUACCAUCAGACAGCAUCGACAUUGAUGAAAUAAAAGAUGAUAAGUCAAGUCUCAUGCAUUGUUUGGGGCAAGAUUCAUAGAGUAUUUCCUAAGCAGAUUUAGCUUGUAAGUGCUUGUUAAAUAUUUGUUAUUCUC